CGUUCAUCUGAUGUAAACAGAAUCUCAUCAGAUAACGCGGAAGCAGGAACACGACUGGACAGCCGACCGAAAAGCCGUCAAUCCCGGGGAGCCAGCUCCCGUUUUACGAACAAUAACUGCCAGUUGUGCAGAAUGGACCGUGGCAAUGACUCGGAGUCGAGCACCACCCUAGCUCGUUUCGCAUGUGACUAUUGCCGACAGAAGAAGUUUAAGUACAUGAUUUAUACCUUCGCAUGCAGCCGAAAAACGGUCAUCUUGAGCGGUUUCUGACAUUUCGUCGUGGAAGGUGCUCAAGAGAGCUACCCAAGUGCAGCGCUUGCAAACCAUGGCCUGGUAGCUGCGAUUACACACGAGACAAGCCAGCACCCACGCCAGGUGCCACUCAUGUCAAUGAUCGACCGAAAACACCAAGCUCAACAAGCCCUUCCUCCAUUGAGCAACGGUUGCAAAGCAUUGAGAGCAGCCUUCAAAAGUUGACUGAAGCUGUAGAAAGAGUUCUAGAGGCUACCACUGCGAAAAGUGCACCGGUAAACAAUGAAACUACACCAAGAGUGACACACACAAGUGACAUCCGUGCCCCGAAGGAUGAGAACACUCCAGGGCUGUUCCUUGGUCCCUCUCAUUCGUUCUCUUUUCUGAAAGAUACGUCAAACAACAUCGAGGCAGCUUUGCGAACGUCCACACCUUUUGCGUACCAGCAUGCUCGUUCUGAAUUGCAGUUUCUAUCGACUUCGUUGACGACUGCGACUGUCAAGACGGAGGUUAUUGGAGACAAUAAAGGAUUUUUCAUACCUUCAAAGGCCUUGGGCUAUCAGCUUAUCGGCACCUUUCUGGAACAUGCACCGACCGGCGAGUUUUUUUUCAGUACUCCUCCGGAUGAUCUCUUGAAGCAGAUUGUAUUUCAUCCAGAACAAGUCACACAAAAAGCUUGGGUUGUGUUCUUUAACUACAUUAUGCUCGCACAGGCUUCUACUGAAGAGGAAAACCACGCCAACCAAGCCGAUAAAUUUCGGCGCAACGUGCGAAAGGCGCUAAACCAUAGCAGCAUCUUCCUAGAGCCGCGGGAAAUCAACGUACAGGCUCUGACCAUCAUGGCAAUGCAUGGUGAAGACUAUACAUCCCCAAACCUCUCUUGGAUGAUUGUUGGGCACGCUUGCCGUCAAGCUGAGGCGUUGGGUUUACAUGUUUCGCCACAUCUCGACUUUGAGUCUCACCAGCGGAGCUUGUCCCUCUUUUGGCUCUUAUUCAUUGUUGACAAGUCAUGCACCCUUGCAUUUGGUCGAUCUCCAUUUCUUCCGGUAAAUUCGUACCAAGAUGUUCCACUGCCGGAGUUCAGCUAUCUUCUCAAGUUCCAGCCCCAUACUGACGGCCGUUUCGCCGACUCGCAAACGCCGUCGAAACCAUCUCACUUUGGCGCCCAUUUCUUUAUUGGAGGCAUAAAACUUGCCAAGAUCAUGGGAUCGAUUAUCGAGUUUCUGUCUCCUGGACCGUCUGCUUUCAAAAGGCAUGAAAUCAAGUUGCAGCUUGAAAAAUGGUAUGCAACGACAAUAAAGGUUGGUAGUAAUAGAUCAACAAAAUUAGAGGGGGGGACUUUGAUGCUCAUCAAAAUUACUAUAGAUAUUGGAGGAUACUAUUAAGGCUGAGAGGAACUCCCUUGGGACUUCUCAACUCCAGGAAAUGUCUCUUGGUCUUAACAGCAUGAGGUUUCAGUACCUGCAUAUCGUCAUUAUCCUCCUUAAAGGCGACGAGUCUUUUGCGAACCUCAGGUUAGAAGCUGCAAGAGAGGCCCUAUUUUUGCUCCCAACAGUGGUUUCCAACUGGUCGUCCGUCUACAAUGGGGUUAUUUGGUAUUGUUGGCAUAUGGGUGAUGCGGCCGGAGGCAGUGGGUCACGUGACACACCGCCUACUGGCAGAAUCCCCCACCCUUGCCCAUACGCAAGGGUGC